CGGCUCGCUGCACGAGCUAUGACGUGCUGCACGAGCUGACCCGUCGCAACGCGCUCCAUUAGCACCCGCGCACGCUCCAUCGAACGGCAGCCCGUCCUCGACAAGCUCGAUCGCAAACGCCAGUUCCACCCCCCGAGUCGCCUGCAGCUUCCCGAAUAAGCGCCAGCUCCUCUCCCCUUUCGAGUAACGCGAAUCCACCCUUCCCCUCGCGGCUUCCCACCGGCCUCCAGGACAGGGCGCCCACGUCACCGAGGAGUCCAACGCCGAGCGAAGCGGACGCAAUGGAACGUCCAGCGCUUCCCAGCGAUGGCGGCGUCGGCGGCCCGGCCCCGGACCAGCAGCUGCAGCAGCAGCCGGAACAAAGCGAACGCCGAGAACGGGGUCGCGGUGCAGCCCAGCCGGCGUCGAGGCAGCAGGAGGAGGAACGAGUACGGCCAGAGGCUGCAGACGAGGGCUCGCAGCCGAUGCCGGCUCUGGGGCACCGAGAAGGCCAACAGCAGCAGCAGCAGCAGGACGAGCAGCAGCAGCAAGCACGGCAGCGUCGCAGGCAGAGCAGGUUGGAGGCGUCCAGCUUCGGUUCCUCGUCGUCGGAGGUCACCGCCACGGCUCCUUCGACCACUACCGUGCAGUCCCGGACGUCGUCGGCCGACUCCGCGACUUCCGUGUGCGGCGGCCGCGAGGCGAGGAGGCACGAAAGGAGCCAACGUGACACGCAUUUGAUAAGGGUCCCCCUCACCUACCGGCCGAUGGGCUGGAGCGGACUGUUGACCACGAGGAUGUCGCCGUCUGUGCCGUUCUCGCUGGAACCCGAGCUCCGCGACCCGCUGCUCCAGCUGCCCCUGGACAUGUGCAACGCGCUGCGACAGGAAGUGGGACACCAGGGCACCGUCCUGUUGUCUCCCAAGCUCGCGGCCUGCAAGCUAAUCAUGAUGUACCACGGCGCAGCCGGCGAGACGAGGCGACAGCUCGGGCGCCUCCUCGGUUUGCACGAGGUCGAUGCCGGCCCUCCAGAGGAAGACGUCGCCGCCCACACUGCCACCCGCGGAGCCGACCACCCCCAGGGUUCGUUAGUGGAGACGUUCGGGAUGCACGCCUGCCUGCUCUUCAGCAGCGACUUCCACCGGCCGCGAACCAAGCUGGGAGCAGCGGGCGCGAUGACCAACUACCUCACGCUCUGGCACGACGCCAACGUCCGACUCGCACCCCGCUACCACCAGCCUCUGGUCAUGCUCUCGCCCCACAUCCACGCCAUGGACUUCGCCACGUGCGCCGACGAGUGCCGCCUCCACAUCGACGGCCUGUUCCGGGCUCUGUCGGACUUCACCUUCGAGAGGCCCCUGUUCUCCAGCGCAUGCGUGGGGCCCGACUCGCAGCUCGUAUUCGCCAGCCUGGUGCUGUUCGACUCCAGGCUGCCCGGCCAGUUCCAGCCGUCCCGCGGGUGGUUUCGCAAUGCCUGUGGCAGUGCCAGCGCUGUGCAUACGCUGCGACGCCUGGGGGCUCCUUACCGCACUGCCAGGUGCGACGAGGCGACCGUGCUCGAGGUGCCCUACAACUCGCCGCUGCUGGAGUCCAUGGUCGUGUUCCUGCCGGACUCGCCGUUCGGCGGCCUCGCCUCGCUCGAGCGGAGUCUCUCCAAGGACAAGAUCAUGGACUGCCUGGCGCGCCUCGAGCAGCGGGGCCCCGUCGACGUGACCCUGCCCAGGCUGCGACUCCGCUGCGCCACGGAUUUCGCCCGUCUCCUGCCCGCCAUGGGCGCUCGGGACGCGUUCGGAGCGGCGGCAGACUUCUCCAACAUGGCCGCCGUGGAAGAAGGAAGCCGUGUCGCCGGAGCAGGAAGCCUGAAGGUGUCGGCCGCCAAGCACUUUGCCGUCUUCCGCACGGGUCUGCGCUCGGCAGGUGCGAGAACGGCGGCGCGGCCGACUUCGCUUCCGCCGGUCGUGGACCGCGCGGACGGACGCAACCUGGAGUUCACGGUCGACCGACCCUUCCUCUUCCUGGUGCUCGGCAAGGAACCCAGCAGCGUCCUCCUCCUCGGCUCCGUCACCAAGCCGAGCGGCUAGCGGGAAGACGUGGCCUCCGGGAUCCGGGCUCGCGG